ACUCCCGAGAGCCGAGUUCCGGAGACUACGCAGCCGUAGUAAUACAGCACGUGACGGCGCUGCGUGCGUACGCUAAGCUUCCAAGAUGGCGUUGGCCAACGAGGGUGGUGGUGUGGCGAGUGUGAAGCGGGUGCACCUGGGCAUCCCGGAGGCUGUGUUUGUGGAAGAUGUUGAUUCUUUUAUGAAGAAACCUGAAAAUGAGACAGCUGAUGCGGUACUCAAGAGAUUGGAUGAACAGUAUCAAAAAUAUAAAUUUAUGGAAUUAAAUCUCUCUCAGAAGAAAAGGAGGCUAAAAAGUCAAAUCCCAGAAAUUAAACAGACUUUAGAAAUUUUAAAGCAUAUGCAGAAGAAAAAGGGCACCACUGAGCCGAUGGAAACCAGGUUUUUACUGGCGGAUAACCUGCAUUGUAAAGCGUUAGUACCACCUACAGACAAAGUUUGCUUGUGGCUUGGGGCCAAUGUAAUGCUUGAGUAUGAUAUUGAUGACGCUCAGGCGCUGCUAGAGAAGAAUUUGUCAACAGCUACAAGGAACCUCGUAUCCACAGAAGAGGAUCUAGACUUCCUGCGGGACCAGUUCACCACAACAGAAGUCAAUAUGGCUAGAGUUUACAAUUGGGAUGUAAAAAGAAGAAACAAGGAUGACCCCUCCAAAAGCAAAGCAUAAAUUAUUAUUUUUAAAGUUUCCGAACACCGAUUAUUUUAAAUACGACCCACAUAGACAUCUGGCCAUUUGGAUUGGGAGCUCAGACAUGCAUUUUCUGUUUGUUUUUUAUUUAAUUGUGUAAUCCAAUUUCAUGCAUGCCUAAAGGUGUAUGUAACAACAAUAUCCACUUUGCCCACUGCAUAAAGUAGAACAGAACAAUAAAUUGUACUUUGUAUGCAGGAAGGUAUCCACAUGCUGGUUUAAUACUGUACAAAUAAACAUUAAAUGUAACGCUCUAAUAAAUCCACUAAAGGGUUUUCUGUACUUCAUAAUGAUUUUGCCGACUUACAGGACUUAUUAAUAUUGGUGUUGGAAUAAUGAAACGACUAAACUAUUUGAUUUAGAAAUGGGAGGCGAGUGCAUUUUAAAUUAUCCUUACAAAUGUUAUUGGUUGUUUGGAAUGCCAUUUUUCUUUUUUUUAUUAUAUAUUAUUUAUAUUUUUAUAUAAUCCUUAGUAGUUCACAAGCACUGAAAUUUUGGAUUGUGUACAAACUUUCUUUUCCUCCUGUACAGGUACAUUGUGUGGUGUUAGCUAAAAUGGGCUGUGAAAGCUAAGAACUCUUUCUUGUAAGUGUUGCACUGUCACCAAUGGUUAACUAACUGUUAAAUGCAACCCAAACAUCCAGCUUGAGUCGAUUGAAUUACUAUCAUUAUAUUUUUAUUUUAUUUUUUUUGUCCCCUCAAACACUUUAAGCUUUAGUUUCACAAUUGUCUAUUCGGUGGACUCCAGUUCUGACACUUCACAUACUGUACUGUAGCUCUAGUUCUGUCUUCAGGAAUUAAACAAUGAGAUGGCAAAGUUUUUGUAUUUUUUAUUCCACAAUGUUAAAAUUGUAAAAACAAUUUGUUGCAAACACA